AUGUGCGGCGGCUCAAAUCGCUGCAAUUGUACGGCUACAUACACGCGGCAGAAAUUGCUAUCCAAUGUGGUCCUGGCGGAUAAAAAGUACACAACAUGUCUUGUCUCGUCGCUCUCAGUGCCACCCAAGAGAGCAACAUCGUGUGCUGCAGGCGCCAUGCAGCAAUGUCUGUUUCCUGUCAAGCCCGAGUCUCUCUAUCUACAUGUCUCUAAUUGUCUCCCUCUCGCUCACUCGCUGGUCCUCGGCCUCGUCUCAUGCCACAAUCACAAGCAAUUCGUCGUUGUUGCUGCUCUUUCCAUCGCCUCUCAUCUGCGCUCUCGCAAGCAGCCGUGGCCGUCCGUGGUGGACGUCGUCCGCCAGCCACGUACAAUGUGCCAUGUGUAUGCGAGCGUAGCCGCUGUCCGCCAUCAUCCGGCGUGGCAUCAAAAGAGCCCAAGCAACAACCGGCCAAGACCUGCCAGCCGCUCAUCUGAGGACGAGCCAUGCACAGGUAGCGAAGCCACUAACAAACAUAACCCUUCAGUGCCUGCCGCUUUCUUGCAGCAUCGGCCCAUCUACGACCUCAUGCUGCACUCUGCCUGUGGACCAUGA